AUGGACGGAAUACCCGUCUUGGGCAUCGAGGUGUUGGGUCCGGAGAGGCGGACGCCCGUAGAGGUUGUGCGGCAGCUCCGUGCGUCGCAGCCCUCAUCACAGCCUGCGGAGCCUGCGUCACAGGGCACAUUGCAGCGCGAGCCUCCGCAGUCGUUGUUGCGCCGAACCGCUGAGACAGGGCGGUCAUCUGGGUCAAAAUCGCGAUCGCUGUCACCAUCCCGAAGGCUCCCAGCACCUGGCGAGGUCCCAUGGCAGAAGUUCUGGAACACGAAGGAUGCACAAAAUCAAGGCCAAAGCCAAAGCAGGAGCCGAAUCAGGCAAGCGUCGGCUCGGGCAUCCCGGAGUCCUUCCACGCGGCCGUCCAGCCCACUGAUGGUAGACAGUCGGUCGGCGUCAAUGAACGAAAGGAGGCGACCAGCAGAGCUUCAGUCACAGGAGAAAGCGCCACAGACGCGCGACUUCUCGCCAUACUCGCCUCUGUUCAGAGUCUCGUGGGAUCCCUCCACAGGACGUCGGCAGUUCGCUCCCUCCGAGCGGCUUCAUAACGAUGCGCGCUCGGCACUCAGCAAGGUGCUCCUGGCGGCGGCCGCCAGAGGAGAUGCAGUGCAAGUUUCGGGCGUGCUUGAGCACGCUGCAGAGAUGGAGCUCUUUGAAGGUGAUGUUUCGCACGUUUCUGUGUCUGAACUCAUGGAAGCCCGGGAGCAGAAGGGCUGCACGCCACUUCAUUGUGCUGCCAAGCAUGGACAUGCAGAGGUGUGUGCCCUGCUCUUGAAGCGCCGCGCGGACGUCCGGGCCGUGGAAGACCACGGCGCUGCACCCUUGGCCCUGGCGGCCUUGCAUGGGCACCGGAACGCGGUGCGCAGCCUCCUCCAGCACCGGGCGCAUCCCCUCGCCAGCGACCAGAAAGGGCGGAAUGCCUUCCACUUGGCGUGCUGCAACGACAUCGAGACCGUCCGAAUCCUUUUGCAGACCUGUCCGGGCAUCGAGCUGCUGAAGGAUGCGCAGGAGCGCAACGCUCUCUACUACGCGAUGGGCAAUCCUACAGAAAAAUCGAGAUGGGAGAUUCUCCGAUUGCUGCUGGACAGGGGGUGCAGUGCCAGUGAGGUCGAUGCUUUCGGCCGACCUGCGCUUUACUACGCCGUGCAAGCAGGUGCCCUGGACGUUGCCGCCAUGCUCCUGCAGGCGGUGGACCUGGAGCAACUCAGGCCGUCAUGGUUCGACAGUGGGUACAAAGCCAGCAGGGAGGAAGCAGGUGCAACAGCGAAUGAGGCAGCGAAGCCAACAUCCACAGACACACCAGCGUCAAAAGCAACUUCCCUGCCCGACCAAAGCAAUUCACAGGCAGGAAUUGCACCUUCCGAGAAGGGAAGGGCAGCUCCUCCGGAGGCAGAUUCCGAGACAUAUGCCGUAGCGGCACAGGCCCUGUGGAAAGCCGCAGAUCAGAGCAAGGUACAAGCAGAAACGACACCCACCCAAGAAAGAAAGCCAGCUCCUCCAGAGGCAGAUGCCGAAGCGUAUGCCGCAGCAGCAAAGGCCUUGUGGAAAGCCGCUGAUCAGAGCAGGGCACAGGCGGGAACGGUUCCCGCCCAAGACAAGAUAGCUCCUCCCAAGGCAGAUGCCGAUGUGUUCGCCACAGCAGCACAGGCCUUGUGGAAAGCCGCUGAUCAGAGUAGGGCACAGGUGGGAACCGUGCCCGCCGAAGAAAGGAAACCAGCUCCUCCGGAGGCAGAUGCCGAUGCGUAUGCCACAGCAGCAAAGGCACUGUGGAAGGCCGCUGAUCAGAGCAAAGUGCAGGCGCCAGCGAAACCAGGAGAAGAGAGCAAGACGGAGCGCGUUGCAGAAGUAGAUUCUACCAUGAAGCCAGAGCCAACGCCUUCCGACACGGUCGCAGAAAGAAGUGCAGCGGAGACAGCGAAAGCGCCGACUGGGAGCAAGGCAGACAGUUCCGCCGUCCCAUCCGCUCUUCCCACUUCGGUGCCAGUGGCAAGCACCAAUGAGACACCGCGAAGCUACGUGGAUCCUCUGCCUGCUGUGGAAUCUGCGUGUCGCUUGGGAAAAGAUCCAGCUGCCGCUGUUGCGAGCGACCUGAAGGCCCUGGUGCAGAAGCACACCUUCCUGAAUCCGGCAACGGCCAAGUGCCGACACCCGCUCCAUUGCUGGGUGAGCCGCUGCGCGCAGGUCUUGCUGAGCGACCCCGUGGAAGCGCAGGCUUGCCUUGCCCGGAUCACCCGUGGUCUUGAUCUUGAUCGGCAUCGCAUCGACACUGCCUUCCGCCGCUUCGAUGUAGACCGGUCAGAUCAUCUGGAUGACGGCGAGCUAGCACGCCUGGCAGCUUAUCUUGGCUUCGAUGUGGACCCUGCGGAGUUGGACCAUGACGAAAAUGGCAGCAUCAGCUUGGACGAGUUCCAGGACUUUGUUGGCCGCAUGGGGGGAGUGCAGCGGCUCUUCGAGCAGCGCCGGCAGCAGGUGGCGAGUUUGCGGCGGGAUGCGACCAGCCUGGCCGGCGUGGCCGUCGGAGCGCGGGUGCGGAGUCACUUCUAUGCGGGCACGAAGCCUCAUCGCACAAAGUCUGAAGAGCCUGAAGAGGCGAUAGUCACCGGGGUGCACUUCAAGGGAGAGGAAGACAUCGCCUGCCCCUCUCAGCUGGAAGUGCAGCUAGAGUUCUUGAGGAGCGGCCGCAAGACUUGCGUUCCGGCACACUGGGUGGUGAGCACGGAAGAGGAUGCCGAGGUGGCGGCAGCCCUUCGUGAGGUAGGCAUUCACGAGGAGGACCAGGGUUUCUGGGACUCCAUUUACCCCGCUUCCGAGAUGCGCGAGGUGUGCCGUCUGACGAGCUGCCAGCGCCGGGCCUUGGCACAGGUCCGAGCACAUGCCACAGCCAGCCACGAGGAUGCCGAGAAAAGAGUGCUGGCUCGCUUCGAGGAGAUGGGCUUCAGUGACAAGGAGUUGCAGGCUGUUCUGAGUUGGAUACAAGACCUCGCUCCUGUCAUCAUCCAUGUCAAUAUCGACACUGUGGGUCGCUUUCUGGAGUCCGAUGAGUAUUACAGGAGCCAGUUUGAGACCAAGACAUCAUAUGGAGCCAUCGAUGAGGGAAAUCAGACGCGCAUUGCCUGGGAGCGCGACCUCUUCGGAGAUGCAUAUGACGAUGCCAAGCCCUUCGAGCGAUGCAAGUACGGUGCUCUGAAUGUCACCAACGACUUCGAAGGUUGCAAGCCGGCCUUCCAAUAUGGUGACUCCUACCUGGUCCUCAAAGAUGUCCGGCUUCGCUGUACAUUCGCGCCUGAGGAUUCUGGAGGCAUUUCAGGAUCCCGACUUGCAGUGCUCGACAAGUAUGCGCACGUGUUAGAGGAAUACGAAGAGGAGGAGAUUCGCAAGCUGGUGGAUGUGGCCACAGCGCCACCUGCCCGUCCCAGCUCAGAGGCCCCACGGCUGCUACGAGGCAGUACUGAAGAUCCCACACAGCAGUGGGUCACGUUCGGCUUCCCGCAGCUGAAGCGCAAGAAAGGCUGCGUGUUCUUCGAGGUGGAGCUGGUGGAGGGCUGCUGGCUGCCCCAGGUGGGUUUGGCCAGCGAGGAGUUCCAGUGCUCGCCUGGUGUCCAGUCCAGGUUUGGGGUUGGCGACGAUGAGUGCAGCUGCGGGGUUGAUGGCAUGCACGGUGCAUGCCUCAAGGGUGGACCGUUCUGUGCCUGGAAUGAUGUCAGCUGGAAGAAGAAGGAGCCUGAAGCGUACUGGGAGGAGGAUGGCCAACAGCUCCUCGCCGAGACCGUCGUGGUCGGCGUCGUGGUAGACUUUGACUUGAAUGCCGUAUGCUUCGCAUCGAACGGGGCGUGGAGCGAACCGUGGAAGCCACAGCUCUCGCAAGAGGACAUGCCCUCGUUCUUUGAAGGCCUCUACCCGGCGAUCUCCGUGAAAGGUCGUGCCUCCUUCCAGUUCGGCCCAGAUUUCAAGCAUCCGCCCCCGAAGUCCUACAAGUGGGAAAGCUGGCCGGGGGCUGGUCGCGGGCGGAUCCUAAUCGACUGCCCGGCUGUCGGAGAUUCGAGCGUGCUGUCCAUCUACAAGGAAGCCCAGAUCCAUGGCGAGGUGAGCCUGAAGCGAAAUGUGCUGCGCUUGGUUGCUGCGCAGAAGUACAAGCAGAAGGCUCGCUGCUGGACCGUACAGGUCAGCAAUGCGGGACGCUGCAGCGGCACCUACAAGUGGUCUGGGCGGCAAAACAAGCGUUCCUUCUACAGAUCACCUACCGGUGCCAUCAUCUACUACUGCAUGGAGGACACGUCGUGGCACAUGAACGACACUGCCGACACAGCUGGCUUCGUUUUCCGAGCUCCAGUAGAGGCGGUCCACCUUAGCAGCGCUGGCAACACUGGGCUCCUCUCUGUGGAGCCGCCCCGUGGUGGCUGGAAAGCAGCAUUGGAGUUCAAAGGCUGCGUGCGCCGAGACGUUUUCAAGCCAGCCAUGCUGGCCCUGGCGGUGCCCGAGGACGAAGCUCAUGCUUUGAUGCAAGUACUUUGUGCUCAAGCUGGUAGUGACAAAGACCUCAUCUUCCGCAAACAUGGAGCUUCCUCUUUCAGGGCGGAAUGGUGCAAGCUGGCGCUGCGACUGGCGGCGCAUGCCGAGCCUUUGGCGCGCCGGGUCCCAAACGCCGCCGAGGCCUGGAAUGAGGUCGUACGAUCUGCACAGGCUCAGUUGCUGGAAAGCAUCGGCCUGCCCCGGUCCACUUGCGUUGCUGUGAUCCGCAGUGAGCAAUGCCAAGAUACUGAGAAACGGGAAUUGAUCUCUUUGGGCCCCGGGGCCACGAAGGAAGAAAGCAAUGGCAUUGCCGUGCACGUCCUGAGACUCCAAAGCACAGAUAUCGACAUCCUCCUGACUGAACCGCGUCUGCCCUGGCGGUCAGCGGGUCCCGGUGCUCGAGCUCUGGCGAUGGUGUCCAGCAGCUGCUUCCUGAGCUCUUUCGGCCUCGAGGUCCCCGGCACCGUCGUGGAGAGGGGCCCUGGAGCACUUCGCCGCCUCGAGCUGGAGGAGUCCGAGGUUGCAAGGAACGAGAUCUUCUGGCCACUUCAGGAAGCGUCUGCAGAAGAGGUGCAGGAUCCGCCAAGCCUCCGUGGAAGGUGGUGCAGCAGAUGCCUCGGCAGCCGCUGCCUUUUCGAAGUGCACGCGACAUCUGACGACGGCGCGGUGACUGCAGAGGUUUGGCUCUCCAGAAGCGGCCUGCAGUCUCUGCGGAGCUUCACGGGCUCCUACGAUGCAGCAUCACGGACGUUGAAGGGCUCUGCAAAUUCCAGCCAGGAUUCGACGGCUUGGAGCGAUACUGGUCUGGAGGAGAUUUCGCUGACGCUUUCUGAAAAUGGCUUGACGCUUUCCGGAAGCGCCGACUCCGAGGAAGUAACGUUUCAUCGCCGGACCAGCUGCAAGAGCUACGUGUGGUGUGCUGGCAGUGAGAGCCUCGAAGCCAAGGACAGCCCAGUUUCUCGACAGGUGGUCCAAUACGGUAAGCAAGAGAAGGCCGGCGACGAAUUGAUUCUGGGGCUUUCCAAGGCAUCCCCCCUGGCGCCACUCUUUGUGGAAGCCUUCCUCAAGCCCAGCGGCCUGGCCCAGGAGCAAGGCGUGCGACCGGGUUGGUACCUGGACUUGGACGCCACCCUCUUCGGUCCGGCCUCUGAGUCGGAGACGAUGAAGGCAAUCAAGGCCGAGCUUGGUGGCGACUUCCCAGACAACUUGGAGGAUGCCUACAGGCAGAUUCACACUUUGUACAAGCACCUUUGCGACUGGCUGGCAAGACCAGGCUUAAGUCUGGUCUUCUGCAGUGCCGUGAAGGCAGAGUUGCUGCCGGCAUGCUUGGUUCGUUUCGCCGGCAGCCCAAGGCAGCAGCUGGGAGAGAUGAUGGAAGAUGGGACCCUGACUGGUGACGGACUUCUUCGCAGCAGCCCGGCGCACGUGGCAGGAGUUCGUGGUGGAUGGCAGCUCGAUGUGCAGAAGAGCGCCGAGCUGGCAUCUCUGAAUAUUGAAAAGGCCAAGGAGACGAGUGAGGCGAUUGCGGAAAUUCUGGACGGCGAUUCCGAGAGGGUCUUGGCCUUUUCCUGUCCGGAGGGGGACGAUGCAUAUGAACUGCAGGAAAGCUCAGAUUGGAUGGAGCCCUACGUCAUGCCGGGAGCAGACACUGUGGCGAUCAGGAUUUCGACCAGUCCAGGGAAUUCUGACGAGCACCUGCUCGUGGUAGCAGUUCCCACAGGCGAUGAGCUGGUGAAGCCAUCGGCAGAGCAGCUGCAGAAGCUCGCGAGCAGCUGGGAAGGAGCCUGUGAUGGAUUCUACGGGCUGAAGGGAGAAGAGGUGACGGUGGAGAGAGACAGCUGGGAUGAAGUGCGACUGAGGGCCCUGUGCGCCCAUCAUGGCUGGGACUUCUCAUGGAUGAGCGAAGACGAUGAACGCCGGAGGCGCAUCGUCGAGGGCUUCGCCGGCACUUAG